AUGUACCGUGCCUUCUUGGUCGCCUCGGCCUUGUUCCUGGUGGCGGGAACUAAGGAGUUCAAAGCGAUAUCCGUAAUGACACCCAUUCACAUACUAUUUCCUCUUCCGGAGAGUGAUGAUGAAACUGGUGGCAAGAAUCCGUUUCGUCUGUCAAUUGACAAAGUUGUUCCUGUCGUUAAUCUUGCACUUGAAGAUGCUUACAAAGCUCAAUAUAUUCCGGAUUCAUCAAUUGCCGCUACUUUCAAAAGUUCCAAGCUCUCAGAUGCUCACGGUCCAAAUGUUGCUAUAUCUCAAUUAGUUAAAAAUGAAUUGGAUUGUAUUAUUGGUUAUGCGUUUGUUUAUGCUUUAGCUCCUGUCGCUAGAAUGACUCCUACAUGGACCGAUAGUGAUAGUUAUGGUAUCCCUGUUAUUACACCUAUUGGUCUGACAAUGAAUCUAGACGAUAAGAAAGAAUAUCAGCUUCUCACAAGAAUUAGUAGUCCUUAUAAGGUUGUUGUUUCUGUUGUUCUGAAGCUUUUUGAUGAAGAGAAUUGGAAGAAGCACGUGUAUCUAUUUCAUCAUAUUAAAGAACCGUCUGCACCCGUCGGUGAAUGCUUUUUAUUGAUGGCAUCUAUUCAACUAAAACUUAAAGCCAGAAUGCAAACUGAACAUAACUUUUUCACUUUCAAUGAACACGUAGAAGGGAGCAAUCGGACAAUGUUCAAGAACAUCCUCAUGAAGAGCUCCUUUAUAGGAAAUGGUGCGCUACUUUUUUUUUCUGAUUUGGGAUGCAUGCAACAUUGGGGAGAAGUAUCCGUAUUCGGGUAA